AAAGCGCUUGUGGUGAAGAUGGUCAAGGAUGGUCUCGGCGUGAUGACCCUCGCUAUUGGUGAUGGCGCGAAUGAUGUCAGCAUGAUCCAGGCUGCAGAUGUUGGUGUCAGCAUUAGUGGUGAGGAGGGUCUGCAAGCUGUCAACUCGUCGGACUAUGCUAUUGCACAGUUCCGGUUCCUGAAGAAAUUGCUUCUUGUCCAUGGUCACUGGUCUUAUGCUCGCAACGGAAUUAUGAUUGUCAACUUUUUCUACAAAAACAUUGUGUGUAUCGGCGUUUUGUGGUGGUUCCAGAUCUAUUGUGGAUGGAGUUCGGCUUACGUAUUUGAGUAUACUUACCUACUGUUCUGGAACUUGUUCUGGACGAUUGCU